GAGUGUGCUGGAUGACGUCACUGUGCUGUCGUUUACACGGGAUGCUGUGCUCAUGCGUUUCCUUCUCUGUUCCAGGUGCUUGCUGCCGUCUGUCAUGCUCUACUAGACUAUGCACUUCCUCAUCUCAGGCACAUCUCUCGUCUCCGGGCUGUAGAAGUCCCCCUGAGGAUGGAGAGAUAAGACGUCCCCUGCUCAGGCCCGUGAGACAGACAGCUGUGCUGCCAGUGCCCUGAUGGAUCGCCACAGAGAGGCCGAGAUGGAGCUGAGGAGAGGGCCCAGUCCACCCCGGGCUGGCAGGAGCCACGAGGUGGACGGGGACAAGACUGCGUGUCACAGCUGCUGCAUCUGUGGCAAGAGCUUCCCCUUCCAGAGCUCCCUGUCACAGCACAUGCGCAAGCACACGGGGGAGAAGCCCUACAAGUGUCCCUACUGUGACCACAGGGCUUCCCAGAAGGGCAACCUCAAGAUUCACAUCCGGAGCCACCGCACGGGGACUUUGAUCCAGGGGCAGGAGGCGGAGGCGGGCGAGGCGCAGCUGGGGGAGCUGGGUGUGUCCGAGGGCCUGGACGGGUGCGCCAGCCCCACGAAGAGCACGUCGGCCUGCAACCGCGUGCUGAACGGGGCGGCGCCCGUGGACAGCAGUAAGAUCCUCCUGCGGAGCAGCCGCAAGGACAACGACGGCGAGGCCGAGGCCGGGGCCCAGUGCUCCUUCUGCAAGAGCCAGUUCGAGCGCAAGAAGGACCUGGACCUGCACGUGCAGCAGGCGCACAAGCCCUUCAAGUGCAGGCUGUGCAGCUUCGUGACCUUGCGGGAGGAGUCGCUGCUGAACCACAUCGAGAGGGACCACAUCACCGCCCAGGUGCCCAAUGGCGGUGAGGCCUGCGUGGAGAACGGCAAGCCUGAGCUGAGCCCCGGGGAGUUUCCCUGCGAGGUGUGCGGCCAGGCCUUCAGCCAGACCUGGUUCCUGAAGGCGCACAUGAAGAAGCACCGGGGCUCCUUCGACCAUGGCUGCCACAUCUGUGGCCGGAGGUUCAAAGAGCCGUGGUUCCUUAAGAACCACAUGAAGGCGCACGGCCCCAAGACGGGGAGCAAGAACCGGCCCAAGAGCGAGCUGGAUCCCAUCGCCACCAUCAACAACGUGGUCCAGGAGGAGGUCAUCGUCGCCGGCCUGUCCCUCUAUGAAGUCUGCACCAAGUGUGGGAACCUGUUUACAAACCUGGACAGCUUGAACGCCCACAACGCCAUACACCGCAAGGUCGAAGCCAGCCGGACACGAGCCCCGGCCGAGGAGGGGGCCGCAGAGGGCCCCCUGGACACCAAGCAGUUCUUCCUACAGUGCCUCAACCUGAGACCAUCCGUGGCUGCUGACGUGUCUCCCGGUGGGCAGGCUGGACGGCGGGUGGCCGAGCUCGACCCUGUCAACAGCUACCAGGCCUGGCAGCUGGCCACCCGGGGCAAGGUGGCUGAGCCCGCUGAGUACCUCAAGUAUGGGGCUUGGGACGAGGCACUGGCUGGGGACGUGGCCUUUGACAAGGAUAGGCGCGAGUACAUCCUGGUGAGCCAGGAGAAGCGCAAGCGCGAACAGGACGCGCCGGCCACACAGGCCCCACCCAGGAAGAGGGCCGGCAUGCCUGGAGACCCCAUCCUGGCCGGCCACCUCGACCCCCGGCCGGCUGCACGUCCUAGCCGUAGAGCUGCGGCCACUGCUGGUCACAGCAAGUCCUCUGAGUGCUUCGAGUGCGGCAAGAUCUUCCGCACCUAUCACCAGAUGGUGCUGCACUCGCGUGUGCACCGCCGUGCGCGCCGAGACAGGGACGCCCAUGGGGACAGGGCGGCAUGUGCCCGCUGCGGCUCGCUCAGCGAGGGGGACUCGGCCUCCCAGCCCAGCAGCCCUGGCUCAGCCUGCGCCAUCACUGACUCCCCGGGCUCGGGCCUGGCUGAUGAGGCUGCGGAUGACAGCAGUGAAGAGACUGUACCUGAACCUGCACCAGGUGAGUGGGUGGCCCCGGUGGAGCAGGUUCAAGUAGCCUGGGGUCAGGUGGCCCAGUGUCCUGGAGACUUGGCGCCCAGGCAGCCCGUGCCUGGCCUCCAGAUAUCCUCCCUGGACUUGGGUGCUGCCCAGAACAGUGGCCCGUCCCGGUAUCAUCAGCCUGAACCCACUGAAGACUGGUGCCUGGGCACUGCCCUGAGCCACCUUUUGCCCACCUCCUCCUUCAAGGGUGAGAAGGAGGCGAGGCGGCCUGGGGCCUGGAGUCCACCCGUGCUCAUCCGUCAGCCUGGUCACGUGGGUGCCUCAGCUUCUCCCAGUCACCGUGUCUCUGGACACUUCGUGCUGGCCGUCCCUGCCUUGCUCUUGGGCCUGUAA